AUGAAGUCUAGAUUUCCGUUUUCUAUGGAGAAUAUCCCGAGGCAAUCGGGUGUGGGAUGCCUCUCCCUGAAAUUUGGCAGUAUUUUGUCAGCCCUCAUUUUGGUUUUAUACUCGAUAUUUGCACUAGCACAAUGCCUGGCGGCGCUGAAUGAACUCCCGCACUGGUCGCCGGGCGACUUCGAUACUAUAGUGGCUUAUGCUGUUGUGUUCGGAGUCGCCAUUGCUCAUAUCGUCACUCUAUUUCUAAGCACGCUAAUGUCAAUUGGCGUGUUGAAGGAAAAAGCCAGUCUUAUGAGACCUUGGGUGAUCUGGACCUCGAUACUGGUGACGGUGUCGGUGAUGGUUUACGUGUUUUGGAUAACUCUGAGCAUGAUCAACCACUUCAAUAAUAACUCUCUCUUGAUAUACAUUGUGGAGUUCUUAGGAUUGAUGAUCCGCUUCUACAUGUUGAUGAUAGUGUCCAGCUUCUACAAGCAGCUGGAAGAGAGGCGCUGGGAGGAGAAAGAACGGCUACGAGACCUUGUCCAUAGUGAGAACUGGUAUAAUGCUGCU